AUGUACCACGUCGUGGUGAACGUGUUAAGCAUAGACCAAAGUCUAGAAGAAAUGACGCUUGGAUUAAAGAAUGAUUGUCUUCAUGGUACGACUAUAUUCAGGUGGUACAGAGAAUCUCAAAGGAGCAAUUUCACUCUGGAGGACGCUGAGAGGAAAGGAAGACCGCGAACAUCAGUAACAGAGGAAAACCAUUACUGCUGUGAGGAAAAUGCUUGA